AUAUAUUAAAAGUUUAAAACCUGGAUGGUGGAAGAAAUAGCUAUUAUGCAUAACCAACUCUAAAGAUUUCAUCAUAUCAAAUACAUUAUUUAAGAAAUCAAUAACGGUUAAAACGACGUAUUUCGUUUUAACUUAUUCGGACCAUUCAUCGCGUAAAAAGAUUUAUUCUAUUGGUGGUUUUUCUUUAAAUGGAAUAAAAAUGAAACGGAGAAUAAUUCAUAGCUAUAUAUAUAACAUGCUAGGGUUUUAUAUCGCUUGCUCAUUUUUUCUUUUGCACAGUCCAGCAUGAUCAAAAUUUAUGUUCUUUUAACGCUGAUAAUAUAUAUCCAAGUCGUGACAAAGUUUUACGUUAUUUUUGCAACGCGUGGUGAAUCGAGUUGUAUCGAGAAGAAUCAUAAUAGAUUAAGACGAGACAUACGCAAUGAGCAUUUAAACGAUCUAAUGCUUGAGACAGAUAACUACAGCAGUGAAACGAAAGACAAUCGUUUUGCGUAUUUUUCAGGUGAUGAAAUUAUUCGUUAUAACAACCUUACUUUCAACUUAGACAAUUUUACAAUUGAAUGCUGGGUAAACCUCGAGGGAGGGCAAAUCAAUCAAGCACCAAUUUUGGUAAUCUUUAAUCAUUGUACCGUGUUCGACGUUGUGGCUGUUAUGAUCGGCGUUCAUGAUAGUGUAGACAAAAAAAAUAUGAAAGUGUUUUUCAGUUUACAGACAGAAAUUGGUAAAAAGAAGACCGUUUUGGUGUCCCAUGAGCCAAUUAAAAUUCAUACAUGGGUCCACGUGGCAGCAGUGUAUGAUGGGAAACGCAUGGAGUUAUAUAUUAAUCAAGCCAAAGUUGGUGCGAGUCAUGGGCAAAGUGGACCAUUUUUAUCAAAUAUAUUUCAUAAAUGCACAUCACUUGAAGUCGGAGGUACGUCUCUCAAACACACUUCAUUUCGUGGCAGUGUUGAUAAGUUAGGGGUUUGGAAUGUAGCUAAGACACAUGAAGAUAUUUUUCGUAGUGUUAGAACAAAUAAAAAUAAACAAAAUACCCAAAACCUUUUGUUGUAUGAAGAUUUUAUGUUUAGUAACAGUAACGAGACAGAUUAUUACGGCGUUACCGGAAAAUUACCGAAGUUGUUAGUGAAUAAAUUUACGGAAGACGUUCAUAAUAUCGAAGUUCAGGUUCCAGAAUGUGGCGAAAUGAUAUGUGAUAACCCGGAAAUAAUUCGUAAUUACGCCGGACAUCCCGAUUUAUUUUUAAAACGGAAAACGUUACGGUAUCGAAUUAUAAAUAUCGCAAAUGACGACGGUAGCGAUCCUAUUUUAUCGAGACAAGAAAUCUCGCAAAAACACUUGGAGAUUAAUAAAGUGUUUGAACGUUAUAACAUCACUUGGAAAGGAUCUUCCCACUUGGUUAGAAAUACGAAACUUCGUAACAAAACUGUUGUUCUGAAAUGUUACGCUUAUUGCGAGAACGAACGAGACCAGUGCAAAAUAAAGACCGAGGAGCCAGAUUGUGCUUUAAAAUGCAACACCAGUACUCAACUUAGAAACAACGUAUGUAAUCCGGAGUGCAAUAAAAUUUUAAGGACUGGUAACAAAUCAGAUGAUUGGGAUGGAGGCGAUUGCUGCAACCCACUGGCUAGAAACACAAACAUAUCCGAAACUUGUUUUGAUAAAUCGUCACCCAACAGAGCCUUUAUAACAGAGAGAGAAUUAAAAGAAGAGAUUAAUUUAUCCAACAAACAGUAUUUAAAUUUGAUUCCUGUCAAACUCCGAGAAGACAUGCUGGGAAAAGCAACUUUUCCCUGGCUACAAGACGUUUACGGCUUAAUGGGGGGUAUAACUAUGAAUUUUAAAAACUUCAGAUCUUCUCCACAGGGUGCAGUAAACGAUAUUAUUCAUGAAUUAGGGCACGUCUUGGGUUUAUGGCAUGUACACAAGGGAGUGAGUGAAUUACGUUGUGACGACGCAUGCGCUGAAAGAAAACCUUCAAUGGUACAUGGGGACUUGUGUGAAGAUACGAACCCGACACCUACUAACUUGUUUUGUAGAGAUGAAGUUAUUAGUGAGUCUAAAUGUGGCAAUCAAAAGUAUAAAAAUACUCCAUACCGAAACUUUAUGGGGUAUACCAAAGGGUUAUGUCCAAACCAGUUCACGCUUCAACAACAAGCUAGAAUGCAUUGCUAUAUUGAUCUUAUGUACCAACAAUGGGGAGUCGACACAAACGAACCUUCUAUAAUACCGCUUCAACCGCGUGUUUUAAAUUCAAGUCCUACUCAGGUGCAAUUAACAUGGAUGCCACCAAUAGGUUUUGGAAACGAAUAUGUCAAACAUGGGUGCCAUAGAUGUAAUCCUAGUGAAAACACAUUAAAGCAAUAUGCCUCUCACGCUUACUCACCACAGGACAUCACUCAACCUAAUUACAGGUCAGGUAAAGCCCUGGGGCCACCAGAUGUUGUGGAUACUUGCACAAUUGCAGAGACAACCCAAGCCUGGUCUCCAGUGAAUGGAUGUGGUACAAAAGAUUGCAUGUUAGAGGUUUCGUUUGAAAAGAUAGUUGUAGCGACUGGUAUUAAAAUAUGGGUGACGUAUAACUCAAAAGACUCGAUUAAAGACAUACAACUCGUUCAUCCAGACACGACAUCCACUUCCCUAGGUCCAGCAUCAACACAAUGUAACGUACCAUAUUCCAAACAGAUAACGUCUUUGAAACUUAUCGCAAAAGUGAGAAUAUACUUGUUGACGUCAACGGAUAACAUUGCAGCUAUCGAUGCCGUACAAUUAACAUCCGUGAAAGAGCAUGUGUAUUGCAAAAAAUGUCGUAAAUUAAGAAUUGGAUAUAAUGUCUACCGAUCACCAGGAUUCGCAGAUUCGCAGUUCAAGAGAGUUACUGGUGUGAGGUUUAUAGAUAAUGAAAUCGUACGCGAAAAGAAAUAUCAGUACCAAAUUCAAGUACAAUCGGGGAAAUAUAAAAGCUCCCUCUCCCUCCCUUUGUUGUUUGAGUUAACAUCUGGUUAUUGUGGAGAUGGUGUUGUUGAAAAAUCACUUGGCGAAGAGUGCGACGAUGCAAACGGUAGAAAUGGGGACGGAUGCAGUAUCAGCUGUAAGAUGGAAGCCGUGUUUAACUGUCAGCAUGAACCGAGUCUGUGCUACAAAUAUGAUCAGGACGGUAUUUGCGAACACUUCGAGAAAGGAAAGAGUAAUCAUGAUUGUGGAUUCUACGCACCGUUUGGAUUUACAGACCAAUGGGCGAGCAGAGUAAUUGGUCAGAAAGGACAAUCCGAUUUCACGUGUCCAGAGACUGUCAUUGAAGGAAAGCCAUGCUUAAACUUGAAAUGCGUUUCUUCAUUCGAAGAAAUAAAUACAAAAAAAGCUUGGAGACCAUGCGUUAAAACAGGACUGACCGAUUACUGGAUCGAAGCUUCAUACAAAAACGAAGUUAUUGCAGCAGCAGUGAUCAUUUACUUAGCUUCCGAUGGCAAAGCGUAUGAAAGCCAGCGUAACACAUGGAUUGAGAUAGAAUUAAAGGAUACAACUGGAGCAUAUCACAAAGCUACAAACAAAGAGACGUCCGUCAGUUGCAAAAAUAACCCGAUGUCGGUGCAUGUUAUGCACGACAUGACGCAACCUGUUUUUAAGACUGUCGGCGUGCGUAUUAAAUUCAAUGCAAGUGCCGCUAGUAUCGGUAUAUCCGGAAUAGCUUUAAGGACGGCAGACACCCAGUACUAUCAUAAAUGCAAGCACAAUGAAUUGUAUGACCCCCGAACAAAGAAAUGUCGAUUAUAUAAUUCGGAAGUUCUAGCGUGCGCGCCGUUUAAAAUGGCGCAUGCUAAACUAAAUUGUACUGGAAAUAACGACGGUGAUCAUUGUUACGUCACCUGUCACCAUGGUUACUUACCACGAGACAAUUUUAAAGCUCAUUGCGAUGCUGGAAAAUGGAUGAAGGGAUCGACGUGUACUCCAGUGGAUUGUGGGAUACCUAAUUUACGACAUGCUAUUGCUAGUUGCUUAGGAACUACCUAUGGUCACACUUGCUCAUAUAAAUGCCAAUCGAACGCAAAACUGGCAGGUUCAGAUACAAACUUAUUAUGUCAAGCAGAUGGUACUUGGAGAAAGUCAAAUGCCCAUUGUUACGUGACUUGCUCGAAACCAACUCAUGUGAAAGACAGCUUGUUAUAUACAUCUGAUUCCAUUGCCAACGAGUGCAGUGAAACAGAUACUGAAGAGUUUCAGAUGGGUACCAGAUGCAGGUAUCGAUGCAAUCCUGGUCAUCGACCAGUGCGCUACAAAGUCGGCACGGUUAGUGGGGGAAACACUGUAAAUAUAUUAUGUAAUGACAUUGGAGAAUGGAAGCAAGAUGGAUAUUGUGAGAAGAUUACCUGUCCAUCAUUGUCUACAAUGAAUCGAUAUAUGUAUAAAUGUACUGACGAGAAUCGCUUUCAAAGUGUUUGCAGUACGACUUGUCUUGGAACAAAGAAACUUCCUUACAAAGUAACAUGCAAGCACAAUGGACAAUGGUCUUCGACAUUUGAUUUCUGUGGCAGUAAAGGUCGAUGCUCUCAUUUUCCAUCCGUUCAUGGUUUGGAUACAACUGCUUGUAAAGAUUUUACAAUUGGAUCAGUUUGUCGACCUCAGUGUAUGAAAAGAGUGAAUGUUAUACCAGAUAUUGUAAUUAAGGGAAAAGAGGAUGCGAAAGAAGUGGUUUUGUACUGUAUGCCGAACAAAGAAUGGAAACCCAGGCUAACAGAGCUAGCUUGUUUAAAUCCUUGUAAAGACUAUGAGCUCAAUGACGGUAUGUGUGAUUGCCAUAACAACAACAAACAUUGCAGGUAUGAUGGCGGGGAUUGCUGCAAGAAAGACUUGGACGAUGAGGUAUAUUACUGGUCUGACCCGUGUCCGUGUAUCGAUAAGAAAGCGUUAACUAAUUUAGAAAAGUUAAAACAAAAAUCAACAAGGGAAAAGAGUCGCGUGGACGCGUACCAACAGGAUCGUGAAGAGACUGGUGAUGCGAUGGAGAGUGACUGCUAGCGUAACGAUAACAAAAAUAAAAACGAAAAUUUUGUUUUGUGUCUUUUUUGUUCCUUUAUUUCUAUUUCAAAGCACUACCAGAGAAUUUUAUCAGAUGUUUAUUGUUUUCCCUCUGUUUCGUUUAAACCUUAUUUCCACUUCUUUGCAGGAAACUUCUAUUUCCCAAUGUCUCAAGAUUGUUAACAAGAAUUUUAUUUUUGUUUUCGUUUGUUCGUUUGUUUGUUUUUUGUUGUUUGUUAUUGUACAAAAUGUGAAAUUUCAUGCAGUUUUUUUUCUGUUUUUCUUUAUAAAGUUUUGUGGCCAAAUUUCUUAAGAUAGUUUGUGCUAAUCUUAGGCUACGGAGAUAAACAGAAAUGGUUUUUUUCGCAACACGUCCUUUUUUUAUUUUUCUAUCGCUCUGUUUAAUGCCUCUUUUUAUCGUAUAUUUAAGUGUAGUAAACGAGGCAAAAACGUAGUAUUAAUGACGUAUUGAUGUCCUAUUUAUAGUUAGGUAUGUUAUAACAUCAAUUUUUUUAAACGUAGAAUAACAAAAGACAUUUAUUUUAACAAGUAUCAAAACACAAAUAUACAAAAACAAAACACUAAAAAAACGCCAUUGUUUGUUUGUUGUGAAUGUCCUGGCUGAGCAAUCUCGUCCCCAGGGUUUGGUUGGCCCUGAGCCGUUAUUACGGAUGACCAACAUCGCCGCUAUCUAUUUCAUCAACAAGGCAAAACACUCUGGGAACAAGGUUGCUGACUGAGUAUUAGAGACUGAAAAGUAAGUUUGAUUGUGGGAAAUAACAGACGUUAUGACCAUUGCAAACUAAAUAUAACAAUGUUAAAAAUAAAACCUAUUAAAAGCAAAUUAAGAAAUCGGUUCAUCGCUACAUAAAAUUUUCACUGGUACGUAUCUACCAUCUUGUUUUUUCUUUAUUCCUUGAUUGUCCAAUGAAUUUUAUUUAAAAACUAGUCGUUAGCCCGUGGAAAAAUCCACGGGUUUGCCCGUCCUUUUUAUACCGCAUUGCGUGCGUCUGGCUACUUUCGUAGCUAAGCUACCAUUUUACGUGACGGACAGACGUAUACCGGUAUUAUAAUAUAGAUGAAAACAUUGUAAACAUUACUGAAAUCCGUGGGAGAAUUUGACAAUGCAGGUAAUAUAUUAAAUGACAGAUUGAAAAAUUAUAGAAAAAACACACUACAAAACCUACCAUUAUCUUUUAGGUCCAAGUCAAUG